UAUAAAUUUUUUUUCUGACAACUUUUGACAUUUUCUUAACAGACAUUUAUAAUAAAUACGAAUUGUAUUACCUUUUAUAUGGGAAGUUGUUGGUCCAACCAAAAAGCAAAACUUGCACGCAAUAAAACCAGGCCUACGAAUUCGGUAUAUAAAUGUGAGCCGAGAAUUUUGAUCUUGGGCGGCGGUGUGGCGGGUCUUGCCUGUGCGGUAGAACUGAAGACUAAUGGUUACAAUAAUGUCCGAAUUGUAGAGAUGUCUGAUCGGAUUGGCGGGCGUGUUAAAACCUUGAAAUUUGCUGACAAUUAUGUCGAUAUGGGUGCCCAGUGGGUCUAUGGACAAAAAGGCAAUGUGGUCUAUCAGAUGGUGAAAGAGUUAAACAUAUUGGAGAAAUCUGAUGAUACGUUAAAGAAUAUUAAUUGGAUACGCUCGAAUGGUGAUGAACUGUCUAAGAGCGUUGUCGAGGAAAUGUUGAAUUUGAUAUCAACUAUAUAUUACAAGAUGCAGGACGACCAAAUAGAUCCAGAGGCCAGCUUUGGCGAAUACGUUUCACAGAUGUUUUACAGAGAGAUGGACAAGCGACAUCGCCAUCUGGAUAGGCAUGUAGCUAAAGAGUUUAUAACUACUUUCAAGAAAAUAGAAGGCAGUAUGAUGGAUGUGUCAGCCUAUGACUACUGGACCUUUAAGCCAUGUAAAGGCUGCCACCAUUUGAACUGGCGUGAAAAGGGUUUUAAGGAGUUUUUGCGCAUCCUCGUCAAAGGUGACGAGAUGAAUGAGCAUGGAAUACUUAAGGAUUGCAUUGAUCUUAAUCAAAAGGUUAUUCAAAUUGAAUGGGAUCGCAUAGAUGGCUCUGUGGUGGUGAGCUGUGAUAAAAGGAAAUAUGCCGCGGAUCAUGUAGUGAUUACCUUCUCUCUAGGCGUGCUCAAGCGCAACACAAUGCUCUUUCGGCCAAAUUUGCCAGAAGCUAACUGUGCAGCGAUCAAUUUCAUUGGAUUUGCCAGCAUUUGCAAAAUAUUUAUUGAAUUUGAUGAGAAAUUCUGGCCAGAUAAUUGGCGCGGCUUCAAUGCCCUAUGGAGAGGACAAGAUUUGCCAUCGGAAUAUUGGCUAAAGGACAUCUAUGGCUUUCAUGUAUACGAGCAUCAGCCACGCGUAUUGCUCGGCUGGGCAUCCGGAUUUCACGUGGACGUUAUCGAGAGCAUGGACCACGAUGCUUUGGUGCAAGGCAUUAUGGAUAUGCUACAUCGCUUUCUGCCCAAAUUUAAGUUGUCGCAUCCCAACAAUGUGGUUACCACCAAAUGGAGCAUUGAUCCGGCGCAUUUGGGCAGCUACUCAUAUCCCUCCCUAUUGGCCUCCGAGUAUGAAACGGGACCCGCACAACUCGCACAGCCAGUUAAUGUGCUAGUCUACGACGCGCUUCUCUCGGCUGAUACGGCUGUUUCCGUGCGAGCUACCCAUAUGAAGCCAGUGGUAACGCGACCGGUUUUAUUUUUCGCCGGCGAGGCAACCAGCCCCAAUCAUUAUUCGACAGUUCACGGUGCCGUAGAGACGGGAAUACGCGAGGCUGGACGCAUUAUAUCCUUCUACGAAAAUGAAUGAUAUUCAUUUAAUUGGAC